AUGAGUCUUUGUACAGUACACUCUAAUGGUUUUAGCUCCAUACUUGCUUUACAUCAACAUGGACAGAUGCGAGGCCAUGGUGAUAGUUCUCCACAGCAUUCAAGAGAACAAUUGGAUUCAUCUCUAGGUCUUGUUAUGGACAGAGUCAUCGAGCUUUGUGAGAUGAUUCUCCAAAAGUCCGAGCCCGAAUUUCAGUCCAUACCUCCCUUCCUUCUUCAUAGCAUAUACGGCGCUGCAAGGGUGGCCUCGUCGGAUCCACCAGAAAGAUUAAAGGGGUGCGAAUCCAUCUUUCGCAGCUCACUGCAAAGGCUUAACAUGAGGUGGAAGGUUGCAGGUGUAUACAUUGAGUCUUUAGAGACCUUAGACGUUUUACAUUUAUAA